AUGAAUAUUAAUAAUGCUGCGGUAAAUGCUUGCCAAGCUAUAGGUAUUGGACAUACACAGUUAGCAGAACUAUCAGGAUUUCUUGAUUUGCCUGCAUUGUCGAGUACUGGUUUUUUGCGUGUUCAAACCGAGGUAGCUGAAAUAGUUCACGCUACAGCUUGGGACGAAAUGAAGAAAGCCGGUGAAGAAGAAAGGAGAUUGGCAAUAGAAUCUGGUAGCUUGGAUUUGGAUGGGUACCAAUUAUUACAGUGGUCGCGGACGGGCAAUGGUCCAAACGAAGCUAUAAAACCAAGUACGAUGCACUAUCAGGCGCGGCAUCAAUAA